CCUUUCUCAUCUUGCUUGCUACCCAAAGUAUUCAUCAUGGGAGACGUUGCCGUGGAGAACCCGGCGAACAACGUCACGCCUCUUACCAAGCCAGGUGCGCUUGACGCCCUCGCCAACUUGGAUUCCCUUGAUGGCACAGGGGCUGAUGGAAAUGAUGAAUAUGCUACCCUCAAGAGGCUACAGAGACAUCUCGAGUAUAUCCAACUGCAGGAAGAAUACAUCAAGGAUGAGCAGAGGAGCUUGAAGCGGGAACUAGUCCGGGCACAAGAAGAGAUCAAGCGCAUACAGAGUGUGCCAUUGGUCAUCGGACAGUUUAUGGAGGCAAUCGAUCAAAAUACCGGCAUUGUGCAAAGCUCGACCGGUUCUAAUUACGUCGUCCGUAUCCUCUCCACUCUCGACCGCGAGAAGCUGAAGCCCUCAUCCUCGGUCGCCCUUCACCGCCACUCCAAUGCCCUUGUCGAUAUUCUUCCUCCCGAGGCUGACUCCUCGAUUGCGAUGCUGGGUGAGAAUGAGAAGCCCGAUGUGACGUAUGCAGAUGUUGGUGGCUUGGAUAUGCAGAAACAGGAGAUUCGGGAGGCCGUCGAGUUGCCUUUGACGCAUUUCGAACUCUACAAGCAAAUCGGUAUUGACCCUCCCCGUGGUGUCUUGCUCUAUGGGCCCCCGGGAACCGGAAAGACCAUGCUGGUGAAAGCCGUGGCCAAUAGCACAACCGCCAGCUUCAUCCGUGUCAACGGAUCAGAGUUUGUACAGAAGUACCUAGGAGAGGGACCUCGCAUGGUCCGUGACGUGUUCCGGAUGGCUCGUGAGAACUCCCCGGCCAUUAUCUUCAUUGACGAAAUCGAUGCGAUCGCCACGAAGCGUUUCGAUGCCCAGACUGGUGCCGAUCGUGAAGUCCAGCGUAUUCUGUUGGAGUUGCUGAACCAGAUGGACGGUUUCGAACAAACCAGCAACGUCAAGGUCAUCAUGGCCACCAACCGAGCCGACACCCUGGACCCGGCUUUGCUGCGUCCUGGUCGUCUGGACCGAAAAAUCGAGUUCCCGAACCUGCGUGACCGACGUGAGCGCCGAUUGAUCUUCACAACCAUUGCAGCAAGGAUGUCACUGUCCCCAGAAGUGGACCUCGAUGCCCUGAUCGUGCGCAACGAUCCAUUGUCUGGUGCUGUCAUUGCUGCUAUCAUGCAGGAGGCCGGUCUGCGGGCUGUCCGCAAGAACCGUUACAAUAUUAUCCAAUCGGAUCUUGAGGAUGCUUAUGCUGUCCAGGUCAAGACUGGACAGGAUGAUGACCGUCCUGACUUCUACCGGUAAAUUCUUGAGUUUCUCGGGAACGUGGGUAUGAAUGACAAGAGCUUGGUCUCCCUCACCAGUUGUAUUAUCAAUAAUAUGCAGGCGCCAUGUGUCACAAUUGUUUG